AAUUUGUCGCAGUAAUUGAAAAUCCGACAUUGCGAACAUAUGGUACAUGUCAGAUCAUCACAUUCUAUAUUUUAUAUUUUAAAUUUUAUAAAACCACCACAACCAUGACUGUUAAAUUGAAUUUGAAAAAUAUAAAGGACAAAUUGAAAGAUAAUAAUUUGGAUCUUAGUUUAUGUGAUUUAAAAGAAGUACCUGUCCGAGAAAUAGCAUCCGUUAAAAAAGCCAGAAAUGUAAAUUUGUCGACUAAUCUUCUGGUUUCAUUGCCGGCUACUUUUAUCACUUUAAAACAAAUUGUGAAAUUAGAUCUCAGUAGAAACAUGUUAACUGAACUACCUGAAAAUUUUGGUGAAAUGACACAGUUGAAAUAUCUGGAUUUAUACUCUAAUCAGAUCAGCAGACUACCACUGAGUCUAAGUGAACUAAAGAAUUUAAGAUGGUUGGAUUUGAAAGAAAAUCCUUUAACUGAGGCUGUAGCAACAGUAGCAGGACCAUGUAGCAAUUUGAACGAGUGUCAAGCAUGUGCUCUCAAUAUUGUCAACUAUUUGUCUACCGUUAAGCUUUUAAUAGAAGAAGAGAAAUUACGCAGAUUAAAUAAUACCACAGGUGAAACAGAAAAAGAAGUGAUAACUACAGCAACAAAGAAGGAUACUAAGAAAAAAAAGAAAAGGGAUUCGGAAAAGGAAUAUAAGACAAAUUCGAAUAAAACUGAGCCUUUAAUACAGAAUAAAAAUUUGCAGGACAAUAAUGAUAAUGUAAGAUUAACAGAUAAAUUAUCUGAUAAUACAUGCAGGCACGAGUCUCAUAAAUCUAUAGGUGCUGAUAACUCGAGUACUAAGUUAUACCGGUCUCUUACGUGGAUAACUGUAUGGUUUUUCAUAAUUAGCUCAUUGCUUACUAUAGCACUGGUAGUUUUUUCAUGGCAUUAUGAGCAACAGACAGAUACAUUUCUACAAAAUGCACAAAUGUUGUCAGGCCUACCAUUGAAAAAUUAUCAUAAACAUACGAUAGAUUGGUUGCAACGUAUAAUAGAAUUUACAACAUUACAAAUAAAAUCGGUUACCAACAUGAUCAAUGAUUUUUAUAAAAUGUAUUUUAAGAGUACGAAUGAUGUAAGAAAUGAUUUAUAGAAUUGUUUUUUUAAUUGUAUAUGGGAUGAUUCAAGAUCUAAUAUAUAAAUUACGUCGCGUGGCAGCACAGCAAUGAGCUAUUAACUACAUGGUAUAUGAUAAAAUCUGCUUAUCCAGCUUUUCCAAUCAUUCUUCAAGAUUUAUGUAUUAGACUCUGAAUCAUCCUGUAUUUGAACAGUGUAAUAAAGCAAAGGUAUAACAAUUCUCAAGAUUAAGAAAAAAUUUGUACUUUUUACAUCAAUAAUUUGCAAUAAAGAUAAAGAUUAAAUUUUUUA